CUUUCCAGGCAGAUGAUGACAGGGGCUUGUCUCUGAGCCUUGAAUCGAUUGGCUGGUUCUUGAAACCCGGAGGUGUUUUUAAGCAAGCUAUUCUGGGAAAGUAUUUUGCGAAGAGUUUAAUCUGUGUGAUCGGACUACAUGUUCAUUAAAACAAGACAAUAGCUGUUGCGCUACAGAGCUCCAGCUCUAACGUCCAAAAUGCAUAGAUGUGCAAUAUCCGUGGGUUUAAUCAACAAGUCAACGAACAUCCGCGGCCCUUGGAGAAAUAUUAGUAUUCAAAGUAAGGUUUUGACAGGAAAACUACCAAUUCAACGACAUGCUUAUAAAAAUCAAAAUACUUUUGUUUCGACUCGGGAAUUGAGAGGUUCUUCAGUGUCUGCCUCUUCAAGACAGAUCGACCGAAUAUUGCCUAGACAUGAUGAUUUUGUCCAAAGGCACAUUGGACCCAGUGAGAAAGAGAAAGGAGAGAUGCUUUACGCUCUCGGACUAGAGACAAUUGACGAACUUAUUGAAAAAACUAUUCCGUCUUCUAUCCGUUUACAAAGAAGUUUGAAAAUGGAUGACCCGAUUUGUGAGAAUGAAAUUCUGCAAUCACUGCACAGCAUUGCCAGCCAGAACAAGCUGUGGAGGACGUACAUUGGAAUGGGCUAUUAUAAUUGCUCCGUACCACCAGCUAUACAGAGGAACCUGCUGGAAAACUCAGGAUGGGUGACCCAGUACACACCGUACCAGCCAGAGGUGGCCCAGGGACGUCUGGAGAGCCUGCUCAACUACCAGACCAUGGUGUGCGACCUGACCGGCCUGGCCGUGGCCAACGCCUCUCUGCUGGACGAAGGCACAGCAGCCGGUGAGGCUAUGCAGCUGUGCCACAGAAAAAAUAAGAGAAGGACCUUCUAUAUUGACCCUCGUUGCCACCCACAGACGAUCGCUGUAGUGCAGACAAGAGCCAGGUACAUUGGUGUGAAGACAGAGCUGAAGUUGCCUGAUGAGAUGGAUUUCAGUGUGAAGGAUGUGAGUGGUGUACUCUUCCAGUAUCCGGAUACAGAGGGCGGAGUGCAUGACUUCACUGGGCUGGUGGACCGUGUCCACAAAGCUGGGGCCCUGGCAUGCUGCGCCACUGACCUGUUGGCCUUGUGCAUGCUGCGCCCGCCGGGCGAUUUUGGGGUAGACAUCGCACUGGGCAGCUCGCAGAGGUUUGGGGUUCCUCUCUCUUAUGGAGGACCUCACGCUGCCUUCUUCUCUGUGAAAGAACCACUGGUCCGCAUGAUGCCAGGCAGGAUGGUUGGAGUCACCAGAGAUGCAGCUGGGAAGGAGGUGUACCGUCUGGCCCUUCAGACUCGAGAGCAGCACAUCCGCAGAGACAAAGCCACCAGCAACAUCUGCACUGCGCAAGCUCUUCUUGCAAAUAUGGCUGCCAUGUUUGGGGUGUACCAUGGCCCACAAGGUCUGAAGCAUAUUGCUAAUAGGACACACAAUGCUACCCUGAUCUUGGCUGAAGGACUGAAGCGAGCAGGACACACCCUCCAGCAUGAGGUGUUCUUCGACACACUCAAGAUCCACUGUGGCACGACUGCCAAAGAUGUACUGGAGAGAGCAAAGCAGAGGAACAUCAACCUCCGAAUCUACAGCGACGAAAUGUUGGGCAUAUCUCUGGAUGAGACUGUGACAGAGACAGAUUUGGAUGAUCUGCUGUGGGUGGUUGGGUGUGAUUCCUCAUCUGAACUGAUCGCUGAGAAAAUGAAUGGUAGUGUAAAAGGCAUUCUGGGAACAUCUUUCAAGAGGACCUCCGAAUAUCUCUCACACCCAGUGUUCAACAGUUAUAACUCUGAGACGAACAUUGUUCGCUACAUGAAGCGGCUGGAAAACAAAGAUAUUUCUCUUGUACACAGUAUGAUCCCACUGGGUUCCUGCACAAUGAAACUGAACAGUUCGACUGAACUUAUGCCAAUCACAUGGAGGGAAUUUUCCAGUAUCCACCCCUUUGUGCCCCUGGACCAGGCACAGGGCUACCAGCAGCUCUUCAGACAGCUAGAGAGAGAUCUGUGUGAAAUAACUGGAUAUGAUGCUAUCUCCCUCCAGCCCAACAGUGGGGCCCAGGGUGAAUAUGCUGGUCUAGCUGCGAUCAAAACAUACCUGAACUUUAAAGGGGAGGGACACAGAACAGUUUGUCUGAUUCCUAAGUCAGCCCAUGGGACUAACCCCGCCAGUGCUCAGAUGGUUGGGAUGAAUGUCCAGGUGGUGGAGUCAGAUCGGGGUGGCAACAUUGAUAUGGCACACUUAAAGGUCAUGGUGGACAAACACAAGGCUAACUUGGCAGCUAUAAUGGUCACAUAUCCCUCUACCAGUGGUGUGUUUGAGGAGAACAUCAGAGAUGUGUGUGAGCUUAUCCACCAGCACGGGGGCCAAGUCUACCUUGAUGGAGCCAACAUGAAUGCACAGGUAGGGUUCUGCCGCCCAGGAGAUUACGGAGCAGACGUCUCCCAUUUAAACCUGCACAAAACCUUCUGCAUUCCCCAUGGAGGUGGGGGCCCAGGGAUGGGGCCUAUUGGCGUAAAGCAGCACCUUGUGCCUUUCCUGCCGUGCCACCCUGUAGUCACGCUGAACCCUGACAACGCUGCGACCUCCCAGGGCACCGUCAGUGCUGCGCCUUGGGGCUCCAGUGCCAUCCUGCCCAUCUCCUGGGCCUACAUCAAGAUGAUGGGGGCAAAGGGACUGAGGCAUGCCACAGAAAUGGCCAUUCUGAAUGCUAACUACAUGGCCAAGAGGCUGGAGAAUCAUUAUAAAGUUCUUUUCAGAGGCAAGAGAGGUUUUGUUGCUCAUGAGUUCAUUCUUGAUGUGAGACCAUUUAAGAAGACCGCAAAUAUCGAAGCUGUGGACGUGGCAAAGAGGCUACAGGAUUAUGGCUUCCACGCCCCCACUGUGUCGUGGCCGGUGGCGGGAACCCUGAUGAUCGAGCCAACAGAGUCGGAGGACAAGGCAGAGAUGGACCGCUUCUGUGACGCCCUGGUGAGGAUACGGCAGGAGAUCGCCGACAUCGAGGAGGGAAGGAUGGACGUGGCCAUCAACCCGCUGAAGAUGGCGCCUCAUUCACUGGCUUGUGUUGCCUCCUCUGACUGGGACAGGCCCUACUCAAGGGAGUGUGCUGCCUUCCCCCUGCCAUUCAUCAAACCAGAAAACAAGUUUUGGCCAUCGAUCUCCAGGAUUGACGAAGUUUAUGGUGACCAGAACCUAAUAUGCACCUGCCCUCCAUUGGAUAUGUAUGAAUCUCCUUUUGAAGAAAAGAUGGCCUCAUCAUAACAUGAUAGGGCUGAUGUAUGUUUUAUGUUUGUAGCUGUUAAAAUCCAGCACAAUGAUAAUGACCUUUUUCUUCUGAUCACAGCACAUGGUAUGCAUAUAUUAUCGUACAUAUUGUACAUUUGCCUUGGAAUUCCCCUUUAAAGUUUUGUAUAGGCAAUUUAUUUUUCUUGUAUGAUGAUAGCAUGGAAUAUUGCUUAAAUUUCAGGUCACUAAUUUAUUGUGAGGGAAAAAGGUCCAUUUGUUUUUUUAUCUGAAUUAGUUUAUUCAUCAUAGUUUAUUCAUUCAUUAGUUUUAUUAAACUAAUGUUUUAUAAAAAGCAAUACAGUACUUAUAUAUUAAAACAUGUAUCACUCAUAUAUAUAUAUAUAUAUAUAUAUAUUCUCAUUUCUAUGCCUUCCAAUAAAUUUUGUCCAAGUGAAAAAUAUGCAAGCCAUGGUGCAAAGCAAGCUGCUUGAAUUCACAUUACAACCACAUCAGCAUUGAAAACGUAUGCACAGUUCAACCACCAGGGGGCUCAACAUUUCAUCCCAUCAAAGGAACAGUUAGAAAGGGCAGCUAACAAUUUUAAUCGCCUCCACCAUUUUCUACCACUCACUGGCGGAUUCCAGCGUUAAACCGAGAGCCGUCCUUUUCUCGUGAAGCUACGAUGUGCUCCUCUGACAGUGGCGUUCGUGUUUCGCUACAGAAAACAUCACUGCGUAUGCUCCAUUUUCCUUACUGCUACACCCGGCACGAUUUUCCAAUAGGAAAAUAUUCAGUGCAGAAACAGCCGUCUCCCUAGUAACCGAUCCAUACGUGCUCCUCGGUAAUCACCUUGGUUUUUUAACAAGGACUUAAUAUGUGCAGGAGGACUCGUGUCUCACAGUUUUCAGACUCGUACCUGAGCGCAGACCGCGGCUCGUUACACCCCUCCCAUACAUGCUGGCUCAAAUCCAACAUUUAGACACACCCUCGAAACAGAACAAUAACAGUCCAGAACCUUCCAGCUUCUAUACCGAGGAGCCUGCUGUCCCAGCCAUGGUAUGUCAUUGCUAAUUGGUGGGUGGAGAGGAGCUUCUGUUAACACUAAGCCUUCCCCAGUACAAAACUAAAACAAAAAAACGAUCUUUCCCUUUCCUGCCCACCCAAAUUCACACAAAAAAAACUAUACGAUAGUAUCAUUCAGUGGGAGAAUAUUCUUCCUCCAUAUCUGUGUAGUGGUUGCAAUGUGUAUAAAAAGACAAUGUUUGGUUUGCAUUUUGGAAUCAAAAUAUUUAAUAGGUACAUAUCAAGUAUACCAUGUAUAAAAUUUCAGAUCACGAUAUGAAGCAAUGUAACUUCAGGCUGACAUUGCAGCACGUAAGGUUGCCACAUACAAAGAACUAAUGAUUAAAAUAUAAUAUGCAACUAAAUUAUAGAAAAGUGGCAUACUUGGUAAUAUUGGAAAUUAGAUGUGACCAUUUUUUUUUCAAUUUCUCUUUUCUUCAAUAAGUGCAAUAAAACAUAUAACACAA